AGGACCAUGGCCAACAUGGAGCUUACAUUCAUCGCCAUCAAGCUGGACAACGUGCAGCAUGGCCUGGUGGGCGAGAUCAUCAAGCUCUUGAAGCAGAAGGACUUCUACCUCGUGGCCAUGAAGUUCCUUCAGGCCUCUGAGGAACUCCUGAAGCAGGACUACAUUGACCUGAAAGACCCUCCAUUCUUCCCUGGGCUUGUUAAGUACAUGAACUCUGGGCCAGUGGUGGCUAUGGUCUGGGAGGGGCAGAAUGUAGUGAAGACAGGGAGAGUGAUGCAUGGGGAAACCAAUCCAGCCGAUUCUAUGCCAGGCACCAUUCAAGGGGACGUCUACAUUCAGGUUGGCAGGAACAUCAUUCAUGGCAGUGAUUCAGUAAAAAGUGCUGAGAAGGAAAUCAGCCUAUUGUUUAAGCCUGAAGAACUGGUUACCUACAAGUCCUGUGCUUUUGACGGGAUUUAUGAAUAAGAGGUAGACAAAGUCCACUUUGACACCACUUGAUGAUUUAUGGACAUUGUUUAUCAGUAAAGCCUUUGGAAACUAGAAAAAGAAAUGGUUGAGAACUACCCCGUUAUGGUAGACAGCUUACUUUGCACGAGUUCUAUUGAUUGAAAUAUUGAAGUUCAUCUAAGAAACAUCUCUACAGGAACAUCCAGAAUAAAACUUGACAGAAUGAUUUGAGCAAUAUGGCCCAGUUGAAAUAUUAACUAACCAUUACAGCUGGUCUCAUAAGACUAGCUUGAAGAUGUAGCAGGAAGCAAGAGAAGUGUUUUGUAGGGUGGGGGAGAUAGCAUAAUGGUUAUGCAAACAGACUCUCAUGUCUGUGCUUUCAUAACCUCAGGUUCAAUCCCCCACACCACCACAAGCCAGAGCUGAGCAGUGCUCUGGUAAAAAGAAAAAAGAAGAAAAAAAAAGAAAAAAAAAAGUGUUUUGUAAACAUACUGCUUAGGGAGAGGCGGGCAGUAUGAACUCCACACCCUACACCCUCCCCACCUUCAGACAACUGGCACCCAGAGGGUUAAGAAGCCCCUGCCUCCAACCCCAGCUCUUCCACCUGCUGUCUGAACUGUCACUGCCCCCGCCCUGACCCUCAGGUGAGGAGGGACUGCGGAGGGACCUGAGGUUGCCUGACACCGGAU